CAACAAUGUGGAAAGAGUUUCACUACAAAAGGAAACCUUGACGCCCAUAUGAGAAUUCACACUGGAGAAAAGCCUUACACCUGCCAACAAUGUGGAAAGAGUUUCACUACAAAAGGAAACCUUGACAUCCAUAUAAGAAUUCACACGGGAGAAAAGCAUUUCAUCUGCCAACAAUGUGGAAAGAGUUUCACUAAAAAAGAAACCCUUAAAGUCCACAUGAGAAUUCACACCGGAGAGAAGCCUUACACCUGCAAACUGUGUGGAAAUAGUUUCAAUCGAAAAGGAAGCCUCGAUAGCCACAUGAGAAUUCAUACUGGAGAGAAAUCUUACACCUGCCAACAGUGUAGAAAGAGUUUUAGUCAAAAAGGAAACCUCAAAGUUCACAUGAGUGUUCACACUGGAGAGAGCCUUUUCAACUGCCAUCAAUGUGGUAAAAGUUUCACUAUAAAGGGAAACCUUGAAGUCCACAUGAGAAUUCACAAUGGAGAAAAGCCGUUCAUAUGCCCUAAGUGUGGAAAGAGUUUCUGUCAAAAAGGAAACCUCAAAGGCCACAUGAGUGUUCACACUGAGAAGCCUUACACCUGCCAACAGUGUGGAAAAAGUUUCAUUAAAAGUGGAACCCUUCAAAGGCACAUUAGAAUUCACACUGGAGAGAAACCUUACACCUGCCAACAGUGUGGAAAGAGUUUUACUGAAAGAGGAAACUGUAAUGCUCACAUGAGAAUUCACACCGGAGAGAAGCCUUACGCCUGCAAAUGGUGUGGAAACUGUUUCAUUCGAAAAGGAUGCCUAGAGAGCCACAUGAGAAUUCAUACUGGAGAGAAACCUUACACCUGCCAACAGUGUGGAAAGAGUUUUAGUCACAAAGGAAACCUCAAAGUCCACAUGAGUGUUCACACUGGAGAGAGCCUUUUCAACUGCCAUCAAUGUGGUAAAAGUUUCACUAUAAAUGGAAACCUUGAAGUCCACAUGAGAAUUCACAAUGGAGAAAUGCCAUUCAUAUGCCCUAAGUGUGGAGUUUUUGUCACAAAGGAAACCUCAAAGGCCACAUGAGUGUUCACACUGUGGAAAAUCUGGCUCAGACCAAGCAAAUCUUGGGAUUAACAUGAGAAUUCACAGUGAAGAGAACCCUUUCAUAUGCCAUCACUAAGUAAAGAUUUAAUUCUAAAGAAAACUUAACAGAAAAUAAAAACAAAACAGAAAUAGUAAAAGCAGGCCCAGUACUCUUUAUUUAUGUUACCUCCCUGACCCUAGACUGGGGUCGUAACAAAUAACUUUAUUCAUUUAGCAGAACAUUGUUUUCUAACAUACCUUAUGCAAUUUCAGGGAAUUUGCAAAAGGAAUAUAGUCAUUUUUACCCUUUUGUUAAAGUGCCAACAUUCUCCAUUAAAAGUUUGCAUGCUUGUUUGGAAUCAUAUGAUACAUGAGCUUACCUAAUUUUGUGAGCUUACCUAUUUUUUUAAGUUUUUGUUUAAUCUUUCGGGCACACUAGGUGAAGACCAUAUUUUUAUAAUUAUAAAGUUGUUUAGAAGGAAGAGAGUUGUUCCUUCUGUUGUUCAGCCUCUGUUAACCUUGUCUAAUAGGUGCUCAAAAUUCACUUCAAAGCUGUGUUUUUUGAGAUACACAAAUGUCCUCAUAAGACAGUCGUGGCACCUUGGACAAAGACACUGCAGCUGUGUGUCCCAAAGUGAAGUGUGCGCUCUUCGAAGUGUAUGGACUUCGAAGGCCAUGCCUCCGAAGUGCACGAAUGACCCUUCAAAGUGCAUGAGACGCUCUGCUUUCGCAGGAUUUCCUAAUUCCGCCACCAGUUUUUCCCGAUUGCCACUCCUGUCGCAGAGCAAUGGUGUGAGAGAACAGCUGCCAUCCUGACAGGAUUAGUCAAUGAAAAACGUUUUGGGGCCAGCAUUGCUCAUAUUUGUUUUAUACUGUAAUGGAGGAGAUGGUGGCAAUGUUUCACCCCCAGCGGCACCGGGUGAUGUACCUCAGGCUUAGCCAAGACCGUGGCCAGACCAGAACCCUGUACUGCAGGAUAAAGCU